GCUGAAGCGGUGUAGCGAAGGAAACCCAUCGUCUUCUUUUUCCUACUUUCCCAUUUCGUCGAGCGUUUCCUCGUGAAGGAGCUGAAAUUGGCGUGGCAAAUUGGGUUUGAUUGCGAGAGGCGGAUGAGGUAGAAGGAAUAAGGGUUGAUAGAAAUCUGGCAAAUAUUGGAGCACUACGGGCCAGGAAGCAGGGGUACAACUUUGGGGGUGAGGACGAGGAGGAUUGCAGACCGUGGCGUCGCAGAUUGUUGGCUAUGGCUGUCUCCUGGUCCUCUAUCUUCCGGAUCUCUCUGUUUUUUCUUCUCCUCGCUGCCAUUGUCACCGCCUUCGCGACCUUACCAAUGGAAAAGAUCUUGAAGGACUUUUUGGUCUGGAUUCAGGAUAACCUUGGGUCAUGGGGUCCUUUGGUUCUGGCAAUUUCAUAUAUACCACUGUCAAUUCUAGCUGUUCCGGCUUCCAUACUCACUCUUGGAGGAGGAUAUUUAUUUGGGCUGCCUCUGGGUUUCAUUGCUGACUCUCUUGGAGGCACUUUUGGUGCAACCGCAGCUUUCUUGCUUGGCCGAACAAUUGGAAGGCCUUACGUUAUCUCCAAGCUGAAGGAUUACCCAAAGUUUCAGGCAGUUGCCAUUGCAAUCCAGAGAUCCGGUUUUAAGAUUGUUUUGCUGCUUAGGCUUGUCCCUUUACUUCCAUUCAAUAUGUUAAAUUACCUCCUAUCUGUUACUCCUGUUGGCAUUUGGGAGUACAUUAUGGCUUCAUGGCUUGGAAUGAUGCCAAUCACUCUGGCACUUGUCUAUGUUGGAACAACUCUAAAAGAUCUCACUGAUGUGACCCACGGGUGGAAUAAGAUCUCUGCUUCUAGAUGGGUACUUAUCAUAUCAGGGUUCGUAGUAUCUGCCAUUCUUAUGUUGUGUGUGACAAAAGUAGCCAAGUCAUCCUUGGAGAAGGCGUUGGCAGAGAACCUAGAUGUGGAGAAUCUCUUGGUCUCACCUCAAAUGCCGAUUACAUCAAGUCCUGCUGUGGACUUGCAUAAACCUCUCAUAAUCAAGGUUGAUCCUGCAAAUGAUGACCAUGAAAAAUGAAGAUGUUUCAACUUCGUUGUACAUUGUUUACCAUCGACCGUGCCUGCAAAUGUCGUAUUCAUGGUAUCAUGCCAAGAGUACUAGGCAUCUGCAUGCAUUUUUAUUAGGCUUUCUUAUUCUCAUAUAAUGUAAUUUUCCCCCUCUUUUAAAGAAAAAAAAGCAUCAAGGAAUUUGUUAAUUGUACUUUUUACUGAAGAAAGAUUGUUUAUUGGUGUAAAUGCUCAUUUUAUUAUAUUUUUAACCUAGUUGGUU